UAAUCCAAUCAGAAUCGGUUGCCACGUGUCGCGAAAAUCCAAUCGUACAAGUAAGGCACAAUAAGAUCCCAUCAACGGUUUGUUUCAUUGUAGCUACGCAACUGAAAAACCUCCAUAUGCAUCGAUUGACUCGUAAUACACUCAGCUACCUCAGUUCGGCCGAGUCACAACGAUUCUACUCAUUCAUCGGCGAUUCCCGCCUUCGCUUUUUAACCGUCAAAUCUCUCGCCCCUCCAUUCUCCGUCACAAACCUCGGCCACAAGUCCUUCUCAAUUGCCUCAAAUUCCAAAACUUUCUCCGCUGUACCCAGCCGCUUUACGCCGGCGGGAAUGGAUUCGGAUCGGCUUGCGGCGUCCGGCUUCGAGGAUUUUGUUCGAGUCGAUGGAGAAAUUGUUAAUUCUACAAAUUCAGAAGGUUCUGAUGAGAGCGUAGUGGAAGAACGAGGGGUUGAUGAGGUUUCGUCGGUGAAUGAAGAAGGUGAAGGUCAAAGUCAACCAUACGAAAGGAAGGUUUUGCCGGAGGAACUUUCGAGGAAUGUAAUGACACUCACUUGUGAAUCUUCUGCCGACGGAGGCAUUUGCGAUGUGUAUGUUGUUGGCACAGCUCACGUUUCUGCGGAAUCCUGCCAAGAAGUCGAAGCCGUGAUCAAUUUUUUGAAACCGCAGGUUGUUUUCUUGGAGUUAUGCUCAGGUCGUGUGGCUGUGCUUACACCUCAUAAUUUAAAG